CGCCGAGUAUUCCUCGACCGUUUCAGACCGACACCGUUUCAGUCGCGCGUAAGCAGCCGACCGCAGUCGAACGUGCAAUCGCAGGACGGCGACGAUCGACGGCACCAUCCAUGGGUUAUCAGCACUCGCGUUCCCUCAUUAUCUGGAUAUAACCGAGCCGAGCACCGCGAAGAAAGAUGGAGAUGAACAGCAAUCCAAUUUCCGUGAUCUCACAGAAGAAGAGUUCCAUUCACGGCGAUGAAACGACUUUCAAACAGCCACUUGGUAAUAGCGGGACCUAUGGAGCAUUCCAAUCGAAGGAUCCUAUUCUGGCAAUGGAGAAGAGCGGCGAUGCCAUCAAGAGUGGAAGCAAUGAGCACGGUAUCACCGUGCAUCAUCCCACCUCGUACCUGGAAACCAUGAUGCAUCUGUUCAAGGGUAACGUCGGUUCGGGGAUCUUUGCGUUGGGAGAUGCUUUCAAGAAUGCCGGAUUGCUACUGGCACCCCCGCUGACGAUCUUCCUUGGUAUCAUUUGCGUGCACGCUCAACACAUUCUCAUUAAAUGCAACGAGGAGGUGACACGUCGUGUUGGCGAUGGCACCAACACGAGCGGAUUUGCUGGAACUGUGGAGAUGUGCUUCGCUACUGGUCCCAUCGGAUUUCGUAAAUAUUCGACUUUUAUGAGAAAGUUGGUUAAUGUAUUUUUGUGUAUCACGCAACUCGGAUUCUGCUGCGUAUAUUUUGUUUUCAUUUCCACGAACAUGAAGCAGGUGCUGGACGCGCAUGGGAUCGAGAUGGAUGUCCACGAGCAUAUGGCCGUUGUAUUGGUUCCCAUAAUGCUUAGCACUUGGAUUAGAAAUCUCAAGUAUCUAGUGCCAGUGUCUUCGAUAGCGAAUUUCCUAAUAAUUGCUGGUUACAUCGCCACUAUGUAUAUCAUGAGCCACGACGUACCGUCCAUACACGAGAGGAGAUACGUCGCGGAUUGGAAAAACCUACCUCUGUUCUUUGGCACUGUGAUAUAUUCCUUCGAGGGUAUUACUCUAGUACUGCCACUGAAGAACGAAAUGAGAAAACCUAGAAACUUUAACAGGCCACUGGGUGUUCUCAAUGUCGGUAUGGUGAUAGUCGGCUCUAUGUUCGUCGCGAUAGGUUUCCUCUCUUAUUUGAAGUACGGUGAUGCUAUUGCCGGUUCGGUCACGCUCAAUCUUGCACAGAAGGAAAUGGCGGACGGGAAAGACAUCCACAGUGAAUUAAGCUUGCCGCAAUGCAUCAAGACCGCCAUCUCCUUGAGCAUAUUGCUUACCUACGCGUUGCAGUUUUACGUCCCGAUCGCGAUAAUGUGGCCCGGCAUCGUUGACAGAUUCGGUCCAUUUAGAUGGCCAGUGUUCGCGGAGAUUAUUUUCCGAUCCGUCAUGUGCUUUAUCACAUUUAUCCUCGCGGAAGCGGUACCACAGUUGGGUCUCUUCAUAUCCCUGGUCGGCGCGGUCAGUAGCACCGCCCUUGCUCUCGUGUUUCCGCCGAUCAUCGAGAUGAUUGUCUACUGGCACAACACCAGCCUCGGUUUCUUCACGAUCGCGAAGGAUGUGAUGAUAGUGUUGAUUGGCGUAGUGGGCUUCGCCACCGGGACAUACGAAAGCAUGACGUCGAUCAUCAAGUCGUUCAGCAAAUAAAUUAAACGCGCUCCACAGGCGCUCUGUACAAAUUAUUCUUAAUUUCUCUCUCGUCAACGCGCGCGCGCGUGCACGCGCGAGUUUAUUGGACCAUGACACCUAUGGUAUUUCCGCCCUUGGAUCAUGAAACUUGCGCACUUCUAAAUUCUGCAUGCUCGUAGACGUCGGCUGCGCUUCACUUACCGUCGACACUAGCCAUUUUAACGUGACGAUAAUAAUUUAUGUGUGAUAUAUCGAUAGAUGUAGCUGAUAAGGUGCAACGUAGGUUGUGGACAUCAGUAAUUGUUAAUAAUAAUCGUUUAGACAAUGCAAGUCCCUUGAAUUUUGCGUCUCUUGGAUCGUGCUUUAUUUAGGAUGUUCAAUGAACUUACGCGAGUUAAAAUUUGGACUUUUACUCGUAACAAUGAAUUGAAGUAUAACGCAGUAAUUUAUACGAUGCGAGGCAGAAAUAUGAAUAAAAAUGUAUUAAUCUUUUCCAUUUAUACUCGCAGGUCUAGCAGCAGCGAUAGAACUUGAUGAAUACUUGAUAUUUUCGACUAGUUCUCAUUUAUCAAAGGAUUUGACUUAGCGAAUUGUAUUUGCUUUAACUCCGUAGAAAUAGAACUGGAUUGUUAAUUAAUGAGACUAGUCAAACGUAAUAUCUAAUAAUUGAAAUAAUAAUUAUGGAUUAGAGAAAAUAUCCAUGCUUUAAUUAUCGUUAAAAUUUCUAUAAAAACAGAGAUCUUGUUUUAGAAAAAUAUUAGUUAAUUAGUGUGUACAAUAAGUUAACUCAAAAUUAUUUCUUAAAACAAUUUCGAACAAAUAUCUAAAACUGUACUCUAUAACUGUAUUCAAUACUGCAUGUUUCAAAUAUCGAGAAAUUGUAUCAUCAUUUAUUCGAAAGAUAAAGUCACUCGUGACGAGGACAUACUUUGUCUAAAUGGCCUUGUUUGUAAUUGCAAUUGAGUAUUGUAACAGCGACGUAACAGUACGUUAUAUUUAUUUACGUGCCUUAGAGUUAGUUUCACCGACAUUGAUUGAAUUAUUGCUUAAAACCUCUUUUCUCUAUCUAUUAUGGACAAAGAGGGAAAGAGAGAAAUAGAUAGAUCGAUUAAACAAAUACAGGUGAAACUAACUCUCCAUAUAAUAUUUAUAAGAGACAAUGAACAAGAAGAGUCGAGCGAUCUUUAAUUGUAUAUCGUAUCGUAGUCUCUUACUUUAUUGUUAAACUUUUUAUAUAUUCGUAGUGGCGCUUAUGAUACGAAACAUAAUGAACAGCAAACACAGUAUCUUGAAAACUGAAUCAUCGACUAUGUACAAUUUCGAUACCCUAUGUCAAUUGAUGUAACUAAUUUCCCCACACUAUUCGGAGAUUUAGCGAGGAUCUUUCGUAAAGUUUCAAAUCCCUCGUCAAAAUACACAUACAGUUAAUUUAUUGCAAGUUAACUGUGUCAAUAAGAAAAAAAUUAUGUCAAUCGCUGAUAUCGCAAAAUGUUUCUCAUAGAAAAACCUAGAUCUUUCAAUUAAGAUUGAAACGAGUUUCCAUCUCUACGCGAGUAGUGUGUAUUUAUGCAGUAUUAAUUAAAGUUGAUACGAGGAAAAUACUCAUUAAUAAUAAGACGCAUAAAUAUUAAUUGACAAUAUGAACGGUAGGACGUUUAUCGCGUCCCAUAUUACCAAAGUACAAAACCCACUCAGGGAAACUUAUAUUAAAGUACGUAUAUAUCUUCUUUCCUUAAUAUUUUUAACAGCAGUGUGUAAGACGUGUUUUACUCUCAGCGAGAUGUUGAGGCCGAUGGAAGAGAAAGAGAUAUCAAUAAACAUGUGGCACAACGAA